AUGUUUCCGCUGUUUUUUCAUUCUUUCUUUUGUUUUUUCAUUCAUUCAUUCAUUCUUUUCUUUCUUUCUUUUGCUUUUUCUUUCUUUCUUUCUUUCUUUCUUUCUUUCUUUCUUUCUUUCUUUCUUAACAGAAUUCCUUCAUUCUCUUUUUCGAUUAAUUUAUACCAUUUGGCAAUUCUUUUUUUCUUCUUUUUUUGCUUCUUUAUUUUAUAUUCAUUUAGGUUUUUUUUUCAUUCAUAUUUUUUGCAUUUUAUUUAUGAGAAUUGCAAUGCUUCAUUUCUUUCUUUCUUUCUUUCUUUCUUUCUUUCUUUCUUUUAUGAAUCUUUUUCCUUCCUUUCUUUCUUUCUUUCUUUCUUUCUUUCUUUCUUUCUUUCUUUCUUUCUUUGUUUUUCUCUCGUUCUUUCUUUCUUUUCUUUCUUUCUUUCUUUCUUUCUUUCUUUCUUACCAACCAACAAUCUACCGAAAAAGUUGCUAUGUGACACAUAA